UUAUUCUUUUUCUAGAAUAGUAUUAUUUAAUAUGAAAAAUAGUAUUAUUUAAUAUUAAAUAAAUCUAACGUGAUCCAUUUUAAAUACUUUAUUUAUUUUUGGAAUUUGUAAUCAUAUUGUAUGUUAGAAAUCUUGUUUAGUCAUUUUUCAUGACCUUUUAUAUUAGAAAGUAAUUCUGAUAAUUUUUCAGCUAAACAUUAAACCGUUUUUUUUUUAUAACUUUUGAAAAGAUACAGAGAACUGGUUUCAUUCUACAAAAGUUACAACAUGAUCAAUUACUAGCCAUACAAAUUGAAGCGUCAUGAAAGAAGUUUAAACAUAAAUAAUCUAUUCGAUGACCUUUCUACCUUAUGCAAGUUCAUGACCAUAUGUUAUUGUAAAUAACAAACCUAUGAAAAGAAUGAUUAAGAAUGAAAUAAGAUUACUUUUACUUUUGGGUCAACAUUAAAACUAUUAUUAUUUAAAAUAUUUAUGUUUCUAUUACGCGAAGCGAUAUCGAGCGGACUUUUGCGAGUACUUAAAGCACAAACAUCUGAACGAUAGACUAAGAGGCAGAGCCCAAGUGAAAUGAACCUCGCCUUCCUUCACGAAGUCAAAACCAUGGCAGGAUCUCAAACGAUUGUCAAGCCUUCUCCGAAACACAUAACCAAAGAAGCAAAGAUAGGAGGAGAAUCAUAUCCAUGAAGAAGUAGGCAGGUUAAAAAAAAUCUUCAUCCUCCUCCUCGGGGAAACGAAAAAUAAAACGAGGGGUGGGGUCAAUCAAAGCCACCGACGGCAUAGUGGAGAUUAGCUGAGCAGGAUUUUUCUGAUUUCCUGUCUGGAUCCGCAGGCCUCCAUAUCAUAUUAUAUCUUCUGGAUUAAUUGUACGUGUAAAUGUGAUAGAGACUUAGGUGGUUGAAUGAGUUGUGAUGCUAGCUGUCGCAUUGAUGAUUUCCUUCAAUUAUUGUAAUCGACUCAAACACGAGACCAAAUCCAUGGCGUACAUUUGGCUUGGUGCCGGCCAGGCUUGUUCAUUAUAUCAUACCGACCUCUGUAUCUUUCUCUCUCUCUCUCUCUCUCUCUCCUUCAAUUCACAGUCUGAUUACAGUACUCUUCCACCGAUGAAGACCACCGCCGAGCUUGUUUUCAUCCCUUUCCCCGCCCCCGGCCACCUCCUCUCCAUGAUCCAGCUAGCAAAGCAACUCGUCAAACACGACCAACGACUCUCAGCUACAAUCUGCCUCAUCCCCCUGCCAUCCGGCAACAACACCAAUCUCACCGCCGCCGGCGACGACGGCUCUCGAGUCCGAUUCGUCAACCUCCCCGCCGUGAAACCGCCCCCGGACACCGAUCCAAGCCGAUUCAUGCCCACCAUCCUCGAGGGCUCGAAGCGCCACAUCAAGGAAUUAGUCGGAUCUGACGUCGCACGACUCGCCGGGUUCGUCGUCGACAUGCUCUGCUGCACGGCGAUGAUGGAUUUGGGUAGCGAGCUCGGUGUUCCUCCCUAUGUCUUCUACCCAUCGGGGGCGAAUUUCCUCGGGUUCAUGCUCCAAUUGCAGGCGCUCCACGACGAGGGGAAGCUCGGGGACUUGGCCGAGCUCAAGGACACGGAAUCCGAGAUGGCGAUUUCGAGUUUGGAGAAGCCGCUCCCCUGUAAGUUCCUGCCGUCCGUCGUCGUCGAGAAGGAGUGGCUUCCCCUGCUUAUUGACAAUACCCGGAGAUUGCGGGAAGCCAGGGGUAUUGUGGUAAAUACGUUCCUCGAGCUGGAAACCUAUGCUUUAGGAUCGGUCUCGGUUGCAGGGAACCCUCCGGUUUACCCGGUCGGACCGUUGCUGAAUCUGAAUUCGGCUCGACCGGAGGAGGAGGAGGAGAAGGAGGAGUACAAGGAGGUGAUGGAGUGGCUGGACGGCCAGCCGGUGGGGUCCGUGGUGUUCCUCUGCUUCGGGAGCAUGGGGAGCUUCACGAAGGAGCAGGCGACGGAGAUUGCGACGGCGCUGGAGCGCGGCGGUCAUCGUUUCCUGUGGUCCCUUCGGCGGCCUUCCGAGAUGGGGAUUACGGGAGACCCGGGCGAGUACGAGAAUUUCGAUGAUGUGUUGCCGGGAGGGUUUUUGGAUCGGACGUCUGGGGUUGGGAAAGUGAUUGGGUGGGCCCCGCAGAUGGCCGUGUUGGGUCACCAGUCGGUGGGAGGGUUCGUGUCGCACUGCGGGUGGAACUCGAUGCUGGAGAGCGUGUGGUUCGGCGUUCCGAUUGGGGCUUGGCCGAUGUAUGCGGAGCAACAGCUGAAUGCGUUUCAGUUCGUCGAGGAUCUGGGGUUUGCGGAAGAGAUCAAGAUGGAUUACCGGUGGGGUAGCGGGAAGAUAGUCACGGCGGAGGAGAUCGAGGGAGGGAUACAACGACUGAUGACGACGACUGAAAGUGACAGUAGGACGAGGAAGACGAUGAAUGAAAUGAGUGAAAUGAGCAAAAAGACAUUGGUGAAUGGUGGCUCGUCGUACUCUUCUAUGACUCGUUUUAUCCAAGAUGUGAUUGAUAAUAUUCCAUCAACAUAAAUCGAUGGUAUUGAUGGUUGGCCAAUGUUGUUUUAUGUUGGGACUUGUAUUGUUCUCUCCUCUUUCCCUCUUUCUUUCUAUCUCAUUGCGGUUGCUAACCUGGUUAACUUGAAUUUGAUUCGGAUUUAUAUUUGAUUUCGGCUCGUUUCAAAAUGAGUCUUGUGAUUUUUACGAAAAGAGCAACAAAAUUUGAGAUAUUUAUUGAGAAUUUUUCAUUACACACUGCAAAAAAAGAGUAAGAUGUUUG